AUGGCCGGACUCGCACCACCUCGCCAAUUCGAGCGCGACUCGCUGGAACUGGCUUCCCUUGCUUCUUCCGACCACAACUCGCGUGAGAGUAUCGACUCUUCGGCCUCGGGCGUGCCUUCGUCGCGCAAGCUUUCUUUCGACGAUGAUCACCUUGGGACUCCCGGUCCUAGCAGCAGAGGAAAUGGCGGUCGCAUGAACAGAUCCUACUCGGUGUCGUCUGCCUUCGACUUCGCUCCAGCACUAUUUCCCUUGUCGAAUUCAGGAGCAGGAUAUACUGCCAUAGGCGCAUCGAACGAGCAGGGACUACCGGCAGGAGGAGAAGGAAGUCUGGAGAGAAACAAGACCUUGACACUAUGGAAAGGCGGUCUAUCGCUGGUUGUUGGUCUCAUCAUUGGCUCUGGCAUCUUCUCGUCACCUGCGCAGGUCAACACAAAUGCGGGAUCUCCUGUCGCAGCUCUGAUAGUGUGGGUUAUCGCUGGUCUGCUUGCUUGGACUGGUGCUGCAAGUUAUGCCGAACUCGGUAGUGCUAUGCCCCUGAAUGGCGGUGCCCAGAUCUACUUGAGCAAAAUCUACGGCGAGUGGGCUGGCUUCCUCUUCACAUGGUGCGCUGUCGUCGUACUGAAGCCUGGAUCGGCUGCCAUUGUCGCAAUCAUCUUCGGUGAAUACACAGUCAGAGCCUUCAUCGGUGUCGACGCCAUGAACUCGAGCAUCUGGAUCGAAAAGGCUGUCGCGAUAGCCGGUGUCAUACUGGUCACAGCAUUAAAUUGUGUCUCCACCAAAGUCGGCACACGCAGCACCGACGCUUUCGUUCUCCUCAAAUUCUUUGCCCUGGCUGGAGUCACCACUGCAGGUAUCGUAGUAGCAAUUACUGGCUGGAGCUUUUCUGGAGAUGCAUCGAAAGAGUGGAAGCAACCUUCGUUCUGGGUAGACGGUACAAAAUCUGAUCCGAGCAAUUGGGCUGUCGCAAUCUAUGCUGGUCUCUGGGCCUACGACGGUUGGGACAAUGUCAACUAUGUUGCUGGAGAAUUCAUCAACCCGCAGAAAGAUCUACCACGAACGAUACACACCUCGCUUUCCAUGGUGCUUCUUUCAUACUUGCUCGCCAACGUCGCCUACUUCUUAGUCUUGCCCCUAGCUACCAUCAACUCGUCGAACACCGUCGCGGUAGCCUUUGGUCGUUUCGUUCUUGGGCCUGUCGGCUCCUUCAUUCUUGCUCUGAUUGUGGCCGGAUCGUGCUUCGGCAGCUUGAACGCCACCACAUUCACCUCUGGUCGUCUCGUUUAUGCCGCAGGAAAAGAGGGAUAUCUACCUGCCUUCUUCGGGCAGAUAGGCUUCACCAAGAACAGUGCUGUCCGCCUCCCCUACCGUCCUUCUCGAGCCUCUCGCCUCACUCGUCUCAUCGCCGACGAUGGAGUUGGUCUUUUCUACACACCAGCAUACGCCAUGAUGCUCAACGCAGCUUUAACCAUGAUUUACGUCGCCGUCGGUAGUUUCGGCACCCUCACCACCUUCUACGGCGUCGCUGGCUACACCUUCUACUUCUUUACAGUCCUCGGCCUCAUCGUCCUUCGUGUCAAAGAACCUGAUCUUGAAAGACCUUAUAAAUGCUGGAUUACCACACCGAUUAUUUUCUGCUGUGUAAGCUUGUUUCUGCUCAGUAGAGCUGUGUUUGCGCAACCGUUGCAGACGUUGUUGGUGGUUGCGUUUAUUCUGGUGGGAUUCCCGCUUUAUUGGUGGAGGAUGAAGGGGAGGAGUGGGCAGGGGAGGCAACAGAAAGUGAACUGGAGGUUCUGGGAACGAUGGAUGGGACGAUGA